AUGGGAAAGUGUGGUGAUAGUUAUGAUAGCCCUCACCUAACCAUCAACAUUAGGCCCAAUGAGAACCGAUGUGUCGCUUAUCUGGCUUUAGGUGAGGGCUAUCAUAACUAUCACCACACUUUCCCAUAUGACUACUCGGCCUCCGAGUACGGGUGGAAAGACGCUUUCAAUCCCGCGACAGCUUUCAUCGAUUUGUGCGCCAAAUAUGGUUUGGCUUACGAUCUGAGAAAACCCUCGGAGGACAUGAUAGACAGCCGUAUGAAAAGGACUGGAAAUGGAGGUCAGAGGUUGACAUCCAUUCACAAUGGACUCAAUUAUUUCUUUGGGGUGAUGUCUGCCAGUUGGAUCAUGGUCGUUUACUUGUUGGUCAAACUUUUUUAG